UUUCAGUCUCCAUUUCCAAAGAGAUAAAAAAAACCCACCAAUAUUUAGUUCAGAGAAGAAAAGGGUUGUUCUCUUCUUGGGGAGAGGAUUUCAGAAAAUGGCAGAGGAAGAAGUGAGCAAUAAGCACGUUAUACUGAAGAAUUAUGUGAGUGGCUUCCCAAAAGAGAGUGAUAUGGAGGUGAAAACGACUGCUUUGAAGUUGAAGCUUCCAGAUGGCGGCGAUUAUUCAGGGGCAAUCUUGGUGAAGAAUCUGUAUUUGUCUUGUGAUCCUUAUAUGAGAUCCCGCAUGCGCAAGCUUGAAGGUCAUUAUGCUGAGGCCUACACUCCUGGCUCUCCUAUAGUGGGUCUCGGAGUGGCUAGAGUUUUGGAGUCGGACGAUCCAAAAUUCAACAAGGGUGAUCUGCAGUGUUGA